CUUCAAAAGCCCCUCAUUUGCCCACCGCAGAAGCCCUCGCCGCAAGGAAAGAACCCAAACAGGCACUCUUCGACUCUCUCGGGAUCUCCUCCUUGUCUUCCUCCGCUCCUUGAAACCCUAAUCCUGUCUUCCUCCGCUCCUUGAAACCCUAAUCCUCGAUUCCGAUUCCAAUGGAGCUUCUCCGCUCCCACCUCUCCAGAGUUCGCAUCCCGGAGCCCACCAACCGCAUCUACAAGAACGAGUGCUGCGUCUCCUUCGACACACCGAGAUCGGAAGGGGGUCUCUACGUUGAUAUGAGUUCGUUUCUUGCGUUUGGGAAGGAGUACGUUGGCUGGAACUACGAAAAGACAGGGAACCCAGUUUACCUUCACAUACAGCAGCGACCGAAGCCUGUGCCUGAGGACCGGCCUCUAAAGAAACCAACUCUGCUUGCGAUCGGUGUGGAGGGAGGAUUUGAUUAUCAGGAAAUUGAAUAUGAAGAAACUCACAAUAUUGUAAUAUUGCCUGAAUAUGUGUCUCUACCAUUUCCUUCUGUUGAGUUGCCAGAGAAAAUUAGGCUAGCAGUUGAUGCAGUUUUGUUGGCUGAAGGUGCUGAACGCAAAGAACAGUUAGCAGCUUGGACUGCGGAGAAGAAGAAAGUUAGUACUUAUGCAUUAGGUCUGCAACAGAUUAAUAAUGGUGUUGUUGUGCCUCCAUCUGGAUGGAAAUGUUGCAAAUGCAAUAAAUCUGAUAAUCUGUGGCUGAAUUUAACUGAUGGAAUGAUACUUUGUGGUCGGAGAAAUUGGGAUGGAAGUGGUGGCAAUAAUCAUGCCAUCGAACACUACAAGGAAACAAAUUUUCCUCUAGCUGUGAAACUUGGUACCAUAACUGCAGACUUAGAAAGUGCAGACGUUUUCUCAUACCCCGAGGAUGAUACCAUUGAGGAUCCUUUAUUAGCUCAACACCUGGCUUUUUUUGGUAUCGAUUUCUCAUCAUUGCAAAAGACUGAAAUGACUACUGCUGAAAGGGAACUUGACCAAAACACAAAUUUUGACUGGAAUCGUAUCCAGGAAAGUGGGCAGGAGGUGGAGCUCUUAUUUGGACCAGGCUAUACUGGUCUUCUUAACCUUGGGAAUAGUUGUUAUAUGGCAUCAACAAUUCAAGUGGUGUUUACAACUCAUGCUUUCAAUGCUAGAUAUCACAAAAACCAAAGUCUGAAGAAGGCUUUUGCUAUGGCUCCCUCUGAUCCAACACUGGACUUGAAUAUGCAGCUGGCUAAACUAGCACAUGGGUUGCUUUCUGGCAAAUAUUCUUUGCCAGUUCAACAGAAGCAAGAAGGCGUCCCUCCUCGUAUGUUCAAAAUGGUUAUUGCUGCUAGUCAUCCUGAGUUUUCAAGUAUGAGACAACAGGAUGCACUCGAGUUUUUUCUGCAUUUUCUUGACCAAGUUGAACGUGCCAAUACUGGAAAUCCUGCAUUGGAUCCUUCAAGGAGUUUCAAGUUUGUAAUUGAAGAGAGACUUCAGUGCCCCUCUGGAAAAGUUGCUUAUAACAAAAGAUCAGAUUAUAUUCUUUCUUUAAAUAUACCGCUACAUGAGGCUACUAACAAAGAACAGCUUGAAGCCUUCAAUAAGACCAAAGCAGAAAAAAAGGCAGAAGGGAAGGACCUAGAUAGUGGUGAAAUUGUAAGGCCAAGAGUCCCGUUGGAAGCAUGCCUUGCUAGUUUUUCAUCUACUGAAGAGAUUCAUGACUUUUAUAGUUCAGCAUUAAACACCAAGACAACUGCAAUCAAGACUGCUGGUUUGGCUACUUUUCCUGAUUACCUGGUUUUGCACAUGAGGAAGUUUGUGAUGGAAGAAGGAUGGGUGCCAAAGAAACUAGAUGUUUAUAUUGAUGUACCUGAUGUAAUCGAUAUCACAUAUAUGCGCAGCAAAGGUUUGCAGCCGGGAGAAGAAUUACUGCCAGAAACAGGUCCCACUGGGGAAGUUGAAUCCACCCAACUAGUUGCUAGCGAGGACAUAGUUUCCAAACUUGCUGCUAUGGGCUUCAAUUACCUCCAUUGUCAAAAGGCUGUCAUAAACACUGCUAAUGCUGGAGUUGAGGAAGCAAUGACGUGGUUACUUUCUCACAUGGAUGAUCCAGAUAUAGAUGAGCCUAUUUCACAUAACUCUCAUGCAAUGGAACUUCAAUCUGUUGAUGAGACAAGUGUUGAAACUUUAAUUUCAUUUGGCUUCCAUGAAGAGGUUGCUAGAAUGGCAUUAAAGGCAUCUGGAGGGAACAUAGAGAAAGCUACAGAUUGGAUAUUUAGUCACCCUGAAGCUUCAAGCUCAAUGGAUACAGAUGCAACCUCAAACGGCGUGCAGGAUAGUGAUCCUGGAGUACCAGAUGGAAGUGGAAGAUACAAGCUCAUGGCAUUUAUUAGUCACAUGGGCCCUUCCACCCACUGUGGCCAUUAUGUGGCUCAUGUACAUAAAGAUGGUAAAUGGGUAAUAUUCAACGACAGCAAAGUUGGAGCCUCUGUGGAUCCACCAAAAGACAUGGGAUACUUGUACUUCUACGAGAGAAUAGUUGACUAAAGUUAAUCGUUUUACAACGAUAAAACUAAUAUUUAUUGGCAAUUGUAGGAUUCUUAUCAAGCAACUUCUGUUAAGGCAAUGCUUUUGCAUGAUUAUUUCGUUGAAAUCCUAUUGUUGCCUUAGUUCAUUAUGUUCAUGGUUUAAAUGGAAAAAAUACUGGUUAACUUUUUGCGCUUAUGAUCAAUGUUAGUUAAUCUUUGAUGAUAA